UUAGUGAUUAGAAACUGAAUCGAAUCGCAAUAACGAUAUUUACCUGGUGUGUGUGUGUGGUAAGAUUAUGCUAUAAAAUAAGUGCAAAAAUUAGAGUAAAUAUCCUUUCUUUAUAUAAAGCAUCCGUUUUUAUGACAAAAAUUAUAGUCGUUGCCGGAAAGUGGUGGAAUCAACAUCGUCUUCUUUUUCGUCGUGAGGAAAAUAUACGAGUCGAGAUGAAAUCGUUUUUGAUAUCGGUUUUCACAUCGGUUCUCAUCUCCUGUUCGUACGCAGGAGUUGGAGUGCUUAGUCCGCAAGAAGAGCAAAAUGUGCUGAAUCUUUUCCAUCGAAUGUGUUCCCACAAUAGGAAUGAUGCCGCAGAUUUGGGAGAUUUUACCGUUUUUUGCAAAAGUGCUCGAGACGAUCAAGAGGAGACGCUCGUCCAUCAAGUUCAUGUUCCACAAGGGCCACCACAACCUGCCAACGUGGUCUUCGUUUCACCACCAGCAGUACGAUAUCAACAUCAAAUAGUUCUCAAAGGAUCUCCUGGACAAGCUCAAGCAAACAAGAUUUACGUCCUCCCACAAAAGGCGACGCAUUCGUUGCAUGCAACUUUUAACCCUGGUCAUAAUCCUACUUCUAAGCCAAUGGUGUUCUUUUUAAAUUCGAAUUUCGGGCAGCAUAACAGUCACCCCGUUCAACCGCAACACCCCCAGGGGUAUGGACCACCCGUCCCAUCCAUCGAACAGGGUCAUCAUCACCAAGAAGUUCCGUAUGGACCACCACUUUCCAUCGCACCAGCCCCACAUCCGCAAUACGGUGUUAUCGAUGUGAGCCCUAGUCCGCAACAUCCACAUAAUCAGGAGGAACAACAAGGUUACAGUUAUCCACACCCUCAAGGCCCUCAAGAAGGAGGAUCCCAUGUUUCUGGAGGGUACGCUUAAUGAAAAAGUGAGAUUUACAUAGGUUUUGGUUACUUUUUAAUGGCUUUCAGUAUUACGCAAUUCUCGUUGAAUGAAUGUUCUUGAUUUAUUUUUAUGCAUGUUCAUCAUUGUUACAUUAUUAAUGAAUUUUUUUAAUAUUGCUGUUUUAAUAAAUGCUUAACAAAUUUUAAUCGCUAA